AUGCUCGCAGCCGUGCGAUCGAUUCAGAAGCCCGUGGUGAGCACGGGGCUACGCGCCUUCUCGGUCCCGACGUUCCAGCCAGACCUCAAGACCCACGCAGCCAAGCCCAAGAACAUCAAGUACUUCAAGAUCUACCGCUGGGACCCCGAGUCCAAGGAGAAGCCGUACCAGUGCACGUAUCCCGUGGAUCUGGACGAAUGCGGUCCCAUGGUGCUGGACGCGCUGAUCAAGAUCAAGUGCGAUCAGGACCCGACGUUGACAUUCCGUCGCUCAUGUCGUGAGGGAAUCUGUGGCUCGUGCGCCAUGAACAUUGACGGUGGUAACACGUUGGCCUGUUUGAGCCCCAUCAAGAAGAACAAGGAGGACGUGAUUACUAUCCACCCGCUGCCGCACAUGUUUGUGAUUCGGGACUUGGUGCCGGACAUGAACAACUUUUACGACCAGUACACGUCCAUUAAGCCGUGGCUGCACUCGGACAAGCCGAGUGAUGUCAACCAUGAGCACUUGCAGUCUAUCGAGGACCGCAAGAAGCUCGAUGGCAUGUAUGAAUGCAUCCUGUGUGCGUGCUGCAGCACCUCUUGCCCUAGUUACUGGUGGAAUCCUGACAAGUACCUCGGCCCUGCUGUGUUGAUGCAGGCGUUCCGAUGGAUUGAAGACUCGCGCGAUGACAAGACGGAGGAGCGUCUGCGCGCGCUGGAUGAUUCGUUCAAGCUGUACAAGUGCCACACGAUUAUGAACUGCACCCGCACAUGUCCGAAGGGUUUGAACCCGGCUCAGGCUAUCGGUAAGAUCAAGACGCGUCUUGCUAACUUGCAUUAA